UAGAGAAAAACGUUAACACCUUGAAACAUAAUAUUUUAAUGGAUUUCCCCCAAGGAAAACCCGACGUGAAUAGAAUAUUGUUACAUAAAGCCCCGAAUUGACAUGUUUUGUCUCUUAUUAAGUAUAUAAACCCUUCUUUUCCCAAAGAAAAUUCAGUGUGAUCUUAAACACCACCUAAACAAGAUGAAAGUAGAACUUCUAAUUUUAAAAUUAUCUUUGUAUUUACUUUUAUUCCAUUUCUCAACCUCGAAAAUUUAUCCCGAUAGUUGGGAUGAAUUCACAAAAGAUUUCAUCGAAACGGAACCGAAAGAUACUUUUAAAUUACAUUGUAAAGACGGAAAAUGUUCUCCAAACUACGACUUCUUCGAUAUCAUCCGAAGAAAUCAAAAAGUCGUUUCAACCGGAAUUAAGAAAUACAAGAAGGCCCCAUCUUCGUAUUUACCAACUUGUUCUUGCGGAUUAGAACAAGGAAUUAUGGACUUAGGUUCUCACUAUUACCCAAGAUAUUUGUUAACAGCACUUUGUAAAGGCGAAAGUUGCUGGAUGGGACCAUAUAAAUGUAAACCAACACCUUAUAAAGUUAAAGUUUUAAAGAAGAAAAUUAGCGAAGAUGAAAGCUCUAACAGUAGUCUUCCAGCUAGUUUAAAAGAAGAAUGGAUUUCUGAAAUUGUUACGGUUACUGUUGCUUGCGAAUGUAGUCAUUAAUUAUUUAAAAUUUUAAUCAAUUAUAAUAAAUAAAAAUAUUU